GGGCAGGAUGACUCGGUCUUCUCCGAGGGCCGGAGGCAGCAUGGUGCUGCGGUGUGUCAGGGUGGUGGAGCUGGCCGGCCUGGCCCCCGCUCCGUUCUGCGGGAUGGUGCUGGCGGACUUCGGGGCGCAGGUGGUGCGCGUGGACCGCCCCGGGUCCGUGGGCGACUCGAGCCGCCUGGGCCGGGGCAAGCGCUCGCUGGUGCUGGACCUGAAGCGGCCGCGCGGGGCGGCGGUGCUGCGGCGGCUGUGCGCGGGGGCCGACGUGCUGCUGGAGCCCUUCCGCCGCGGUGUCAUGGAAAAACUCCAGCUUGGUCCAGACAUUAUGCUGCAGGAAAAUCCAAAACUCAUCUAUGCCAGGCUCAGUGGAUUCGGUCAGUCAGGAAGCUACUCUAAGUCUGCUGGUCAUGACAUCAACUAUUUGGCUUUGUCAGGUGUUUUGUCAAAACUUGGCAGAAGUGGUGAGAACCCUUAUGCACCGUUGAAUCUCCUGGCCGACUUCGGUGGUGGUGGGCUCAUGUGCGCACUGGGCAUCAUGAUGGCUCUCUUUGAACGCACACAAUCUGGCAAAGGUCAGGUCAUUGAUGCAAACAUGGUGGAAGGAACAGCAUAUCUAAGUUCUUUUCUGUGGAAAACUGAAAAAAUGGGAUUGUGGGAACAGCCUCGAGGACAGAACAUGUUAGAUGGUGGGGCACCUUUCUACACAACUUACAAGACAGCAGAUGGGCACUACAUGGCUGUUGGAGCAAUAGAACCCCAGUUCUACCAGCUGAUGGUUGACGGACUUGGACUAAAGUCUGAUGAACUUCCCAGCCAGAUGAGCAUAACUGAUUGGCCAGAAAUGAAAAAGAUAUUUGCAGAGGCGUUUGCCAAGAAGACUAAAGAAGAAUGGUGCAAGAUCUUUGAUGGCACAGAUGCGUGUGUGACCCCUGUGCUGACCUUUGAAGAGGCUGUCCAUCACAGUCACAACAGAGAACGGGGUUCAUUCAUCACCAAUGAGGAGCAGCUUGUGAGUCCGGGUCCUGCGCCCCUGCUAUCCAGAACCCCAGCUUUCCCUUCUGCCAAAAGGGAUCCUUUGGUAGGAGAACAUUCUGAAGAGGUACUGAAAGAAUUUGGAUUCAACCAGGAAGAGAUCAAUCAGCUCAGCUCGGAUAGAAUCAUUGAAAAUAAUAAGAUAAAAUCCAAGCUCUAACUUCUAGGUACCAAGGAAAUCUGAAUGUCACAUUUACACUGGACAGUAACACAUACAAUUGUGUGUGUGUAAAUAUGGAAGAAGAGCCAUGAAGUGAUCCAUUUUUAUAAUCAAAGAACAACUGGAGACUGAUUCUACACACAUGAUGGCAUUCUAAGAAGGAUUAUCAGUAUUUAAAAUUAAACAUUUUUUUGCAACAGUGGUGUUUGAACUUAGGUCCACAGUCUUGUGAGGCAAGCAUUUAUCACUUGAACCAUCCAGUAUGAUUAAAAAAAUUUAUGAAUUAAUAUUAAUUUGUGGCAUGUUUCCUGCCUUCACUUUUACUUGAUAAAAAUAUUUGUUGACAUUAAAAUGCUAAUAACAUUUAAAAAUAAUUAGUAUAAUAUAUUUCUGUACAAUAAAGCCUUUAUCUUCUGAAA